GCUACUACCGAUAAACAAGUACCUAAUAACACAUCUGCACCACCACCACAAGAAAAUGCUAAUGGCGAUCCUAGUCAUCAGAAAGAAAAACUCCCUGUCCUAUCUAGAUCACAGAGAGCUGGUUUACAGCACAUUCAUAAACCAUUGUUGAACAAGCCAAGUUCUAAAAAAAAGGCCACGCAAUCAUACAGUGACACAGUCAAUGAAUGUAACUGGACGAGAUCAAGAAAAUAUUGUUGA